UCUGCAACUGAACACAACCCCUUUUGAAAAGCGGUCUUUUAUUUGGCAAGAUCUUUACUAAGAGAGUGCAAUUUGAGUUUACUUGAAUUAAUCCAAACUCCUGACACUCCUUUUGUUUAUAGCCAGACAUAUCUCAUAAAGCACCUUUUUUCCACUACACUGAAGAUGCUGCUGCUUUUCGAUUCAAACUUACUCGUCUUCAAGGUGCCGCCCAGAUCAAGACUCAAGGAGCCAUGCACAGCGAACACACUUCGAAAUUUGGAAAUCGUCACAGAAUUGGCAAACUACACUCAUGGAAUUGAUGUGGUUUGCACACCAAACAUCUGGGCGCCAGAAUACCACGAUUAUUUCGGCGAAGCCUCGCGAAGUGUCAGUGAGACGACCAUCCCUACAUCUGCUACUACCCCCUCAUCUGUCUCAAUUUUUUCUUCAGUGUCGAUAAAUUCUUCGAAUUCACAAGGCUGGUGGCCAGAUGACAGUGACUACUUCGACCUGCCUGACACGGCCCCUAGUCAACCUGAAUUCAAACGGUCCUUCUUUCGCUCAGAAGGUAAGCCCUUUGACGUUGGUGAGAGUGCGCGAUUCUUUGUAAUUAAAUCCUAUAGCAGUUUAGACGUACAAGCAUCUAUCCGCAAUGGAAUAUGGGCGUCAACGGAACUCGGAAACAAACGGCUCGAUAAGGCGUUCCGGGAAUCGCAAGGUGGGGUCUACUUAUUUUUUUCUGUGAACGGCUCAGCAAAAUUCUGUGGAGUCGCGAGAAUGCAAAGCGCCAUUGACUUCACGCAAGCCAGUGACAUCUGGGUAGAGUCCAGUCGCUGGAAAGGCAUAUUUCCUGUCGAGUGGCUCAUUGUGAAGGAAAUUCCCAAUCGCUUGCUUCGUCACUUGAGAGUAUACCUGAAUGAGAAUAAGCCGGUGGCUAAUUCUAGAGAUACUCAAGAGCUACCAUUUGAUAUAGGCAUUGCUAUGAUGGGCACUUUUGACACAUAUAUUGAUUAAAAGACUCAGAGCAUAGACGCAUGCGUGUAUUGGAGUGCAGGUGCUCGUUCAAGUGGCAAGACAGCGAGCGCGCCGCCGUCUGAAUAUCAUGCGAUGUGAAGGUUUGUUACAUACCCUCAACAAGACCAC